AUGGCGCCCCCACCUUCCGCUUCGCUGCCACUGCAGCAAAGACUGAUUCAACUCGCGCAGACUCUCCAGUUUGCUUGGUUUGUUGGACAUUUGACGCUCCUCUUCUGCAUCGCCAGAUAUGGCCUGUCCUACAUCACCUUCAACUUCGCUUCAAGAUGGGCUAGGUUCUCCUACCGCACUGCAUUCGUCUCGGCCGCUGUGACGUAUGGAAUCGUAGUCUACAAGGCUUUUCGUGCUCGCUCAAGAGGUGGAGCAAAGGCUCAAGCCGGCCCUUUGGCUCUGGCUUCUGAUGAGAACGUCCAAUAUUUAGCUAUGGCACUGGUUUGGCUCUUCUCGCCUCAAUACCCGCUCGCCAUGCUCCCCUUCGGGAUCUACUCCAUUUUCCACGUCGCAACCUACACGCGCACAAAUCUGAUCCCCACUCUCCAGCCAGCGCAGAGCGUUGCCCCCGCAGCAGGAGCAUCCCCUUCCGCCAAGGCCACGACAAAGCCAAACGCAACCGCCGACACUAUUGGCAAGUUCGUCAAGGAAUACUAUGAUGCUUCCAUGGGCCUCGUUGCUCUCCUCGAGAUCCUUCUUUGGGUCCGUAUCUUGUUCUCCGCCAUCCUCUUCACUAAGGGCUCCUGGAUUCUCAUCGCUAUCUACACUGCUUUCCUCCGUGCUCGCUUUGCCCAGAGUAGCUUCGUGCAAGGCCAGUUCAAGCAGAUCGAGGCUAGAGUCGAUAGCUUGGUCGGUGCCCAGUCCACCCCUCCUGUCGCUAGACAGAUCUGGGAUACUGUCAAGACUGGAUCCAGAACCUUCCAUGAUGCUACCGAUGUUGGAAAGUACGUUGGUGGUGCCCCAGCACAGAAGAAGGCUUCUUAA